AUGGCAACAUUGCUGUGUAGCAUUUUGAUUGGUUUCGGAUUUCCAGCGUUGGUUGUUUCGGGAUACGCUACAAGAGAAGUAACAACAAAUGAUCAGAAACGAGUCAAAUGUCCCUACAUUCCUCGUGAAAAGGUUGAUAAAGUUCAAGUUGCAGAACCAAAUCCUAAAUAUAAUUUAAAAGAAAAACCAUUUCUGAAGAGUCAAUUUUUGGAGAAUGUUGAACAGAGAAAAAUCGAUGCUGAAAAUGAAAUUCUUGAUGAAAUUCAACGUGAAAAGCAAUUGGAACUUGACAAACUGGAACGACCUCCAAUAGAUCCAGAAAAUGGUCUUCGAACUCAUGCAUGGAUUGUGAUGCUUAAAACCGCUCCGUGGUGUUACAAAGAAGAAUUUCAACUUCCUGAAGAACAAGACGAUGAUGAUGAGAAUAUCGAGCCGGUAGCUUUCUUCAUCGAACCAUCAACUGGCUUCAUACAUGAAAUUGCAGAUCCUUGCUAUCAAGGAAUUGAAAGUAUCUGGAAUCAUCAAAACUAUUACGUUAAUCGACAAUAUCCAAACAUCAGCAUCAAAGAGAUGAAAUGGGAUUUAUCGGACACUGAAAAAUGGGAACAUUUCUUACCCGGUGAACCUUUGGAGUUGAGGAAAGAAUUAAAGUUGGACGAAGGAGAAGAAGUAACACCUGAAGAUGAAAUAUUGGCAGUUGAAAAGCAUCUUGAUAUGCCAUCUUCAUGGGUACAAUUAUUGCAUAUCAGCGCUACAGAUUUCGAAGAACGUUUCAUAGAUGGCGAGAAAAAAGAAUUUUACAAAUACGCAAUUUAUGAAAGAUUUGCGCCUUACAAGAAAGUCGAUGGAUUGAUGAAAGGCUUGACACUUUAUGAAACGCUUGAAUAUGAAAAUCCACACACAGUUUUUGAAUGGUAUAAGAAUCGCGAUGAUUUAAUGAAGAGCGUUAACCGAAAUUUAAAGACUGGCGAAGUUAUUGAAGAGUUUCAUAAAGGACGAUGUGACAGUUUAAAGACUUUCAUUUACUUUCCCCAAGAUGAAAAUCAUGAAAUCAUUAUGAAGUUCUACUCGAAAAGUCGCUUUGAUUGUACGAAAGAAAUUGUUUAUCAUUCGACAUACAUCGAAGAGUUCUAUGAGAAACGACGUGAUUUAUUGCACUAUCGGAAGUUCUUCGUAAAAGAUUCACAUCUUGACUCUGUUUCACUGUGCAUCGAGAAAAUUAUUGAGAAAUUUCAUCGGAAUGAAACGAAAAGUGCUAAUCAUGACAUAGCAACACGCCACUUCAACCGUAACGACAACAAGAUUUUCGUUCAAUUCCAUUACGAUGACGAUGCAAUCACCGCAACAACGAAACUCUUCAGAAAACCACCGCGAUGUGAUGAAGAUUUUGAGUUUGAUUCCAAAAUGGUUGACGGAUAUGUUGCUGAUCCAUGGGCACCACAAACGAAUGACUUGAAACUUUAUUAUUUGUUGCAAAGUCUUUUAAAAGAUGAAGAAAAGUGUGUCGAUUUCUUUCACACACGUGACGCCGAAAUGAAGGAAAUCCUUGAAGUCCGAAAGUCACAACUUGCAAAGCCUUUACUUAAAUUCAGUAUUUUUGAUCCUUUGCGAAAUGAUUCCGCACGAAAGCUUAGGAUACAACGUUAUGAGCAAAUGAAGACACGUGAGUUGUUGGCAAAGAACCAACAAGCUGACUUCCUUGCACCAUAUUUAGUACGUUUCGAAAACAAACAACCAAAUUCUAGUGAAGUUGAAAUUGCUAUCCAAGACUGUUUACGUGAUUUCAAGAAGGGCUACACCGAUAUGGAAAACGAAUUGCAACGUCGUUAUGACGAAUCGACAUCAGAAAUGAAUUCUUUGAAACGAUUUUUGCAUCGAUACAUGGAUCAGUUUUCAGUUCAAGAAUAUGAAAACUUUAUUGUUGAAGGUGAAAACAUCGAACGAUAUCGGAAAAUUAUUCAGCAACGUAUUGUUGCUGUCAAAGAAGAAGCGAAUCGUAAAUAUAAAAAUUUAAUUGACGCAAUUCCACUUCGUGUAAAAGAAAUUCUUAAAACUUAA